AUGGUCCGUGGGAAAUGCACAGUGUGUGAUUCACCAAAUGCUACUAAUUAUCAUUUCGGAGCACAAUCUUGUAAGGCCUGCGCUGCAUUCUUCCGUCGCAGUAUAGCCAUGGGACAGACAUACGAUUGCCUGGGCGAUGGUAUCAAAUCGUGUCGCAUUGAUCAUACCCUCCGUCUCAACUGCCGACACUGUCGUCUCAAGAAAUGCUUACGUGCCGGGAUGGUUAAGGAUCUAGUCCAAGCCAAGCGAGAAGUGAAACCAACAAUUCCUCUGUCCAAGUCCAAUUCUAGAAAUUCUUCACAGUCUGAGGAUUUUUGUCAGCCACAGCAGACUCUCCAGCAGGUUCCUAUAGAACCCUUAGUGGACGGAUCCAUCUGCCCUCCACCCUACGACCAAUACCCCACCACAUCCACUUCCGAUGUCAUGUUCUACUCUGAAAAUGAAUGGGACUUCUGCCCGCCUCCGACACCGAAAUCCAGAAAAAUGACAGAAGAGUCGUCUGAAAAUCUGAUGGGAAUGGAUGAGCUUCAACAAUUCAUUCAGAUUCCAGCUGAAUCCGAUGAUUUUCAGUUUUUGACGGAUUCCGCAGAGGUUCGAUCAAGGAUGACUUCAUUUUCAGAGUCUUCUGCCGCCUACCUGUCUGCCCUAGAAGAAGAGGACCGAUUAUUCGGACUGGCUGCUCUCUACACUGACCAAGUAAUAAAUCUAAACAUGCGACGGCGGAUAACCUACACAGACAAGCUGCUCGGAUCAGUUUUCGAUGGUCCUUGUGUUUGUCCUUAUGACAUAUCCGACUUGAAACUAUUCGACCAUCGCACCUAUCGUCAAAAGAAUCGAAAUGAUUACACCAUGAUAUUGGAUUAUAUCAAUAGGUUCCCUGAAUUUCAAACAUUAAACAAAUCUGAAAAAACAGUUCUUUUCCGAACCGCCGCUGCAGUUGACGUGCUGGUAGAUCAAGCGUAUUACAGUCAAGUAAUUUUCCCAACAAAAGACGUGUUGGUCACUGCCAAUGGGGAGUACCUAUCAAUGGAUCCACUGCCACAAAUUGAGAAUAAGAGGGAUUCUGGAAAUUUCCAGUCAGAUGAGGACUAUGAUAAGUACAAAGUAUUGACAUCGAUGAAGCUGAGACAGUGGAUGCAUGUCUGUAAGCCGUUUAAGGAUCUCAAUAUGUCGUUGACUGAGUUUGCACUGUUCAAGGCGUUGACUAUUUGGCAUUAUAACUACUACAAACUGCAAGAAACGGGUCGCCAAGUGUGCUCCCGUCAACGUGACGACAUUUUCCGCACACUCUUGCUCAUCUGUGACGAUGAAGGCCAUCCGGACGCCCUUCUCCGUGCUUCUGAUAUAGUACUGGCAGUGGGCGUGGCCAUGGCGGAGGUCCAUGAAAUGGUGACGUCAUAUAUUGAGAUUACGGUGUAUGAUGUGUUGGAUGACCCCAUUUUAAAGGAUAUGUUGAAGUUUCAGUAUUGA